AUGAUGAUGACAAUGAGGACUUUGCACAAGGCGUUGAAAGCAUCCAAUCACUCAAACCCGACGGCAGUGCCCAACGACCGCACCAUUGUCGAUGUGAGUGGCUUUGCCAGGCAUGAACAUCAGCAUUUCUUCAAUGAGACGGUCUGCUAUACAUUUGACCUCUUCCCUGGUGAAGGAGUGAUGCUUCCAAGCCAGUGGCAGUGGAAACAUUUGGCAUCCCAUGGUCAGCUAUUUCGGAAUGACAAGGAGGAGGACAAGGACGACGAUGAAGAAGAGGAGAAGCCACCCGAGAACCGGAGCGAUGACAUCAACGCCACCGAGAAGAGCAUCAUGAUGAAAAAGGAAAUCAAGAAGUUGAUUUUCUUGAGUGCGAUGAGUGAUGUUUUUGGAGCUCCCCUUCAGUUCUACGACCGAGCCUCUGCAGUGGAAGGAGUGCAGCAGAUAGCAGGGAAACAUUGCACAGUUUGGCAAUUGAAUGAAUCCAGAACAAUGCGUAUGGGCCGCCUUGUCGAGGCCGGUGAUGGGACCGAGGGAUGCUCCGAGCUGGUCAAUGCAAGCUGCAAAGCUGGGGAAUGGGCAUCUUUGUUUCUAAGGCAUUCUCUUGGUGAUCGGCCCAGCAUUCAACUCCAAUCCUUACUCACACAGAGGGCAGGCCUUGGCAGAGGUCUGGCCACUAUGACGGCAAUCUUUGAUUUCUGCGUCACCGAGCAAGGGGAGUUGUUGUCAACUGAGGCUUUGUACAAGCUCACUUACCAGCGGAAGGCAGAUGAGACUCACAAUGAGACUCGCAGGACCAAUCAAUCAGCGGUUGCCUCCCGUGCAGUAAGUCGCCAGGAGGCCGAGGAGGCUGGCAGCUACACGGUCUUCGAGCGGAAGUCAGGGAGUAAGUUGAUUCAAGCACUUCCGAGGCCCAAUGGUCUUGAACUUUCGGCGACCUUUGGGGUGGCUGGUGGGGAGUGCGUGAACUUGAAGCAGGGCCGCGUGGGGCAGAAGGAGCUGGAUGCCGAGUUGAAUGGAAAAGAUCGCUUGCAGCGGAUUAAUCGCGAGGCCUCUGGUCAUUGGGAAGCCGAUGCCUAUGACUUUUGGGAUGGUGUGAAGGUCAAGGAGAUGCUCCCGUCGCUGGGCACCGAGAUGGGGCCCUUGAAGCUUCCGCUUCGGAGCGCGUCGGGGGACUCGGUGGAAGAGAGCAUCGUCAAGGAGAUGAGACCCAUGGAGACCCCAGCCAUGCGCGACGUUGCUGUCUCGGACAUGAAUGUGAUGACUGAUCGCUUUUGUGUUGCAGCCAUGCAGCACCAGAGCUGGAUGCAGAUCGCGGCUUCUGAUGAUCAGCUCGAGGAUUUGGAAGCUCUUUGCCUGUCUCCGGAACUGAUGGUGCAGUGUGAUGAUACCAACAAUGGAUGUGGUGGCGGCCGUUUGGACGAUGCCUGGAUCUUCCUGAAGAACCACGGGAUUCCCAAGGAGACUUGUGCUCCCUACAUGCAUUGCCCUGUGCCCAUCCAACGAUCCUGCGAGUACGGCUGGGAGAAGAGGCCUUUCAUCCCUUUGACUGCGACAGCUGAACAGAAGAAGGAGAAGAAGAUUUGCUUUGGCCGCUGCGCUGAUGGCUCCUCCAUGAGUUUCUUUAAAGUUGGUGAGGCCUACGCCGCAGCCCGGCCACGUGAUGUGCAAGCCCUCCAGCGGGAAGUCAUGCAGGGCGGGCCAGUGGAGGUGGCCUUCUUCGUAUUCUCAGACUUCAUGAGCUACAGGAGUGGUGUCUACUUCCGAACCCCGGGUGCUUAUGGACCUUUGGGAGGACAUGCAGUCCGCCUACUUGGUUGGGGAACGCAGGAGGAGUUGAAGAAGGAACCCGUGGACUACUGGCUCCUGGCCAACUCUUACUCACCCCUGUGGGGGAUGCACGGGCUCUUCAAGAUGCGUCGUGGGCAGAACGAGUGUGGCAUCGAGUCAACCCCGGCCGCUGGCACGCCAGACUUGGACACCCUUUUCCCAGUAAAGGCUGAGGAGAGUUGA